UUUGCUGUGGAUUUUCCCCGGCCACCAAUUCCACCUCCCCAAUACACAUAGACAAUCCGUCGAUUUUUCAACAUGUCUAACACUGUUUCGCCCGCCGAUGAGGAGGCAUACCAGCCUUAUGAUCAGUUCUUCCUCUUCGGAGACUCGAUCACGGAAUACUCCUGUGGUCAGGACAUGGGCUUUGGCUUCCACCCUGCGCUGCAGAAUGCUUACAGCCGUCGUCUGGAUGUGGUAAACCGCGGAUUGGCCGGAUACAACUCCCUCCACGCGAUCAAAGUCUUCCCGAAGUGCUUCCCGACCACCGAACAAGCCAAUGUCCGCCUCAUGACGAUCUGGUUCGGCGCCAACGACUCCAGUCUCCCCGGCUUCGCGCAGCACGUCCCCAAGGAAACCUACAAGCAGAACCUCAAGCGCAUCAUCCAACACCCCUUGACCAUCGCCCAGAACCCCCGGAUCAUGAUCAUCACCCCGCCCCCUAUCAACGAGUACCAGUUGGCCGGGUUCGACGCCAUGAAGGGGAACCCGCACCCGACCCGCACGGCCGCGCACGCCAAGGAGUACGUCGAGGCCGCUCGCGAAGUUGGUGCCGAGCUGGGCGUGCCUGUUGCGGAUGUCUGGAGCGCGUUCAUGGCGACGGUGGAGUGGAGGGAGGGUCAGCCUCUGGUUGGGUCGAGGGAUCUGCCCAGUCACGAGAAGUUCGCGACCUUGUUCACCGAUGGUCUGCAUUUGGCCGCGAAUGGGUAUCGCAUUGUUUUUGAUGUGAUCAUGAAGACUGUUCGGGAGAACUGGCCCGAUCAGAUGCCCGACAAGCUUCCGUAUGUUUUCCCGGCGUGGGCAUUUGCGCCGAAAUAAAGGAUGGAUGGGCAUAUUAUAGACUUGUGGGAGGGACGCAGUAUAAAGUUUGGGGACGGGGACAGAUGCAGGUAGAAUACUUGUGGAUGUGACCGUAGCCAGCAGGCUAUUGGUCCUUGAAUAGACGUACAUACUACUAGUAGUUACUAGGGACUCCCCAGGUACUGUUGUUCUCAUGCAUGGCCUGGAGCCGACAUCCAUCCAUCCAUGGGAUGAAAGCGGUCUAGAUCC